CAUUUUUAAUUACAAUUAUAAAAAACUUAAUCACAAUGUUUAGUAUUAUAUUCUUUGUGUUAUUGUUGACUACAUUUUAUAGUACAUAUUGUGAAAAUUUUGAUAUUGACACUAAUGGGUAUAUUGUUUAUUGUCCAUGCAUGGGAAGAUUUGGAAAUCAAGCAGACCACUUUUUAGGUGCUUUAGGAUUUGCAAAAGCCUUAAAUCGUACUCUGGUUCUACCACCAUGGGUUGAAUAUAGAACUGGAGAGACUAGAUCUAUACAAGUUUCUUUUGACACAUAUUUUAAUGUUUCUCAAGUGCAAAGUUGCCAUAAAGCAAUAUUAAUGGAAGACUUCAUGACAGAUAUUGCACCAAGGAUAUGGCAAUCAAAGGAAAGAGUAUCUUUUUGCUACUCUGCACGUGGAAAAGGGGAUUCGUGUAAUGCUAAAGAAGGAAACCCAUUUGGUCCAUUUUGGGACACGUAUAAUAUAGAUUUUGUAAAAUCAGAAUUUUAUGGACCUCUUCAUUAUGAUGUUUAUCAUACAGACAUGGCAGUACAGUGGGGAAGACAAUAUCCUGCUAUUAACUGGCCAGUAUUAGCCUUUACAGGUGCACCUGCUAGUUUUCCUGUUCAGUUAGAAAACAGAAAACUACACAAAUGUCUUGAAUGGAAUACAGAUAUGCUUAAUAAAGCAAAAGCAUUUAUAAAACAAAAAUUACCUAGAGGAGCAUUUGUAGGAAUUCAUUUGCGUAAUGGAAUUGAUUGGGUACGUGCUUGUGAGUUUAUAUCAAGCACACCAAAUCUUUUUGCUGCGCCUCAAUGUCUUGGUUAUCGAAACGAACGUGGGAAAGCAACUUCCGCUAUGUGUUUACCACCAUUUGAUUUGAUAGUACGUCAUUUAAAACGUAUUAUACGUAAUGGCAAUGACAUUAAAUCAGUAUUCGUAGCAUCCGAUAAUAAUUAUAUGAUUGAAGAACUUACUAAAGCUCUGGCGCGCAUGGAAGUACCAGUAUUUAAACAAGAUCAGUCUGCAUCACCUCAUUUAGAUUUAGCUAUUCUUGGAAGAGCAAAUUAUUUCAUAGGUAAUUGUAUUUCUUCUUUCUCGGCUUUCGUUACUAGAGAAAGGGAGAUUAAAGGAUAUCCUACAUUCUUUUGGGGCUUUCCUCCAGAAAGAUCAUCAUCUGUUACUCAUGAAGAAUUGUAAUGUUUGUAACUACUUUCAUCGUCUAUUUUCAUCAAAGUGAUAUUUGUAUUUAAAUUAAAUUAUUAUAAAAACUUG